UUUAAAUUAAAAUUGAUUUAUGCAUUAUUAACGUUCGGUACAUUUAUUUUCUCCAAAACUAUUAAUUAAUCCUCAAUGGAUUCAGAUUGAAGGUUAUGUACGAGCGACAUUAAUGAUGUUGUAAACGUAUUCGGCUCUUAAAAUAUUUGAAACCGAUAGUACGUAGGCCGUACGUUUUUUCUUCGAAUUUUCUUAUGAUAUGACGAUCGAACAAGGUUGUUCGAUGAACAUAUUAAUUAUUCUAUGUGAAUGAGUCUAUCGUAUUCUUUUGAUUUAGUCAACUGAACCCGCCACCAUGUCCGAGAAAAAAGCCAAAAAUAAUGCUGAUUGGAAGAAACGUGUAAAAGCAGAGUAUUUCCGAUUAUUGCAGGCCAAAAAAACAAAGAAAGACGAUGACAAUGUAUUAGCGUGCAUGAAUAAUCAGAAGAAGCUCUAUGAAAAAAAAGCUGAAGAACUCAAACGAUUGUUGUCGAGAAAAGCGAUUUGGGAAUGUCGUCCAUUUGUAGAAACAGUAUCAAGAUCUAAACGGUCAGAAGUAUCUAAGGUGGAUGGUAUUGGGGAAGAAACUAUGAGCGUCCCGAUAAAAAUUAUUAAUGCUGUAGCACCUAUACCUACUAUGUACAUCUGGGCACCAAUUCAGCAAAAUUUUAUGGUGGACGAUGAAACUGUACUUCAUAAUAUUCCAUACAUGGGAGAUGAAGUACUUGAUCAAGAUGGUUCUUUUAUCGAGGAAUUAUUAAAAAAUUAUGAUAAUAAAGUUCAUGACGAUGAUGCUGCCAACUUUUUAGACGAUCAGGUGUUUGUUGACCUAGUCCAUGCACUUAUACCAUUUCAGCAAGAAGAAGAUAAGGAACAACAAACUUUAUUGACACCAAAAAUGGUAAAAAGCAAUAAAGAUGAUAGGCCAUUUCCAAGUAUGGCUAUAUUUGAAGCUAUGUCAGCUGCAUUUCCUGAUAAAGGAUCUCCUGAAGAAUUCAAAGAAAAGUAUAUUGAAUUAACAUCUUGUGUUGAUCCUAAUGCACAACCAUCUCAAUGCACUCCUAACAUUGAUGGACCAAAGGCUGAGUCUGUACCUAAAGAGCAAACUAUACAUUCAUUUUUAAAUUUGUUUUGUAGAAGGUGUUACAAAUAUGAUUGUUUUUUACACAAACUUAAAGAGCAUGAUUCAGGUACUAAUUUGCCAAUUGGCUUAAAAGGACCUUUAUUAAAACCAUUUUCGUCUCACUGUAGUCAAGAUUGUUAUAUGUUACUUGAUGGAAUGAAAGAAAAAUUAGCCGCUAUUGCUGAAAUCAAAGCUGAAAAACAGAAGCAAGCGGAUAUAGAUGAAGAAACUAAUAGAUCAGGAUCUACUACGAUUUCUAGUAAUACGAAAGAGUUGUCACCUCAGAUUGAAAAUAUUGAAAAACCAGUAGGUUCUACUAAGUUAUCAAAAAAAGAUAGCUCGGACUGGGGCAAUGAUGCUAGUUCUGAGGAUAGCAGAGAUAGUAGCAAAGAUGGUGAACUAGACAUGGAAGAUCCAUUGACAACAAAAACAUCCUUCUCUUUACUUCCACGUAUGAGUACAGAAGAUAAGCAAGUGUGGACUGGAUCAGACCAAUCAAUUUUCCGUGCACUUCGUCGCACAUUCCUAAAUAACUAUUGUGUCAUUGCUCAGAUGAUGUUAACAAAAAGUUGUCAGCAGGUUUAUGAGUUUGCACAAAAUGAAAAUGAUGAUGUUACUGUUGAAGAAGCUAUUAGUGAACUUACUCCACCUAGAAAGAAAAAGAAAAAGUUACGUUUAUGGCAAACACAUUGUCGAAAAGUACAACUAAAGAGAGAUUCUGCGUCAAAUCAUUUAUAUAACUAUACACCAUGUUCUCAUCCACCAAAUCAAGGUUGUGAUGCAACGUGUCCUUGUGUUAUGGCACAGAAUUUCUGUGAAAAAUUCUGCAAGUGCAGUUCAGAUUGUCAAAAUCGAUUUCCUGGUUGUCGGUGUCGUGCUCAGUGCAACACAAAACAAUGUCCUUGUUAUUUAGCUGUUCGCGAAUGUGAUCCAGAUUUAUGUCUGACUUGUGGUGCUGAUCAGUUUAAUUUAGAUAAUAUAACAUGUAAAAAUGUCAGCGUUCAAAGAGGCCUUCGUAAACACUUAUUAAUGGCACCUUCGGAUGUUGCUGGUUGGGGUAUAUUUUUGAAAGAUUCUGCACAAAAAAAUGAAUUUAUAUCUGAAUAUUGUGGAGAAAUUAUUACUCAAGAUGAAGCUGAUCGACGUGGGAAAGUUUAUGAUAAAUACAUGUGUAGCUUUUUAUUCAAUUUAAACCAUGAUUUUGUUGUUGAUGCUACACGAAAAGGCAAUAAAAUAAGAUUUGCCAAUCAUUCUAUUAAUCCAAAUUGUUAUGCUAAGGUUAUGAUGGUAAAUGGUGACCAUCGAAUUGGUAUAUUUGCUAAACGUCCUAUACAACCGGGUGAAGAAUUAUUUUUUGACUACAGAUAUGGACCAACUGAGCAACUUAAGUUUGUUGGAAUUGAAAGAGAAAUGGAAUUUUUACCUUAGUGUUCUAUGACAAGAUUUUCAUUAAAUUU